UUCCUAUAGAGCCGUGCUGUGAUGAUGGCUCCAGGAUGGAGGGGUUCCUGUCCUCGUUUCCAGCCUGCAGCGUGUUCGGUAACCCGGCGAGCGCUCCCCCGGCUCAGGGCGGCGGCUGGGGGAAGCGGGAGGGCCGCUUCAUGAUCCCGCAGGGCCUCAACUACCUGGAGCUCUGCAAGACCAUCCUGUCACAGGUCAGCCCCCCGGCACCUCCCCAGAAGAGGGCCAGCACCAGGGAGUGCGGCGUUCAGGUGAACGCGAGAGUGGAGAAGAUCGUCCAGUGCUCGCUGGGUCCCAAAACGCUCCUGGGUGAGGAGCAGGAGGAGGAGGAGGAGCAGGAGCCUCCGCAGACCCCGGACGCCCAGGAGGGAAAGGGGGGCGUCCACUCGCCGCCGGUGAGCGGCCUUCGCUUCCUGAGGCCCGUGUCUAUCUACUCGCCGCUGUUUGACCGCAGGAUCUUCCUGAAAAAGCUCCGGGACAGCUGUGAGGGGGACGCUGAAGCCCCGCCAGCCAAGUGUGACACGACGGAAUACAGUGGCGAGGACGCAGAGAAGGAUUUCAGCUCCUCCUCCUCCUCCUACAGGCCAUUGAAGGACUCCAACUUCCAGUUCCUGGAACAGAGGUAUGGCUUUUUCCACUGUAAAAAGUGCAACAUCCGGUGGGAGAGUGCUUAUGUGUGGUGCAUUUCUGGAACCAGUAAGGUGUACUAUAAGCAGCUCUGCCGGAAGUGUCAGGAGGGCUUUAACCCAUACAGAGUGGAGUCCAUACUUUGCAAGGGCUGCUCUCAGUCUUGCUGCAUCUGUGAGAAGAAGCAGAGGCACAUAAACAUGAAGAGACCUCACCGCCAGGACCUGUGCUGUCGCUGUAAGGGGAUGAGGCUGUCCUGUGACGCCAUUUACAGUUUCAAGUACAUCAUCUAAGCUGCUCUUAGAUGGCUGCAAAGUGAAUGGAUGUGUCUGAAGUACCUUUUUACAAAUGCCAGCUGCAACUGUAAAAUGUUGACCACACAUGCCGUCACAUUUGCUCUGGUUUGAGGGAAUUCUUUAAAAUGUGGGGCAUCUUCUUUGACUAGAGUGGUUUACUGUUGACAGAGGAAUUUUGUAAAGAAAUAAAGUAUAUGAAUUGUUAGUUGCACUUCAAA